AAUUAUGAUAGUAAUCAAGUCGUAAAUCGCAGUACGAGAAUUAAGUAUUGCAUGUAUAAAAUAUUUAAUACUUAUUAUUAAUUAUUAUAAAUGUUCGGUGGUUCUUGUAAUUCGUUUUUUUAUUUUAUUAUAAAUAAUUUAUCUCAUAUCUGUUGUGUUAUUUCCGAUGGGCCCAUGUUACCAACAGAGACUGACUCAUUGGUUCGAUCAAAAUAAUGUCAAAUUCUAGAUGUGCGAAAAAAUGUUUAGUAAAAAAGCGCAAACGGACGUGAAAAAAUCGGCUCACAAAAUAUUGGACCCAAAAAAAGAUAUAGCUACAAGAUUUAAACAUUUAAAAUUUUUACUAGGUAUUUCUAUUUUGCUAAUUAUAAUUGAAACAAAAUCAUUCAUUUCUUGUUGUUGUUUUUUUUCUAUAGAUAAUAGCGAUCAAAACGAAACAAAACUAUUAUUUGAAAAUAAUUAUUCAAGUAUCUAUCAAAUUUUUUAUGAAAGUUUCAUUGGCGUUGAAGCUAACUUGAAACAACGAGGUAAAACUUAUUCAUAAAAUAAAUUCAAUAUAAAGCUUUACUUAUAACAGUGAUUUAAUUUGUAGUUAUAGAAUAUAAUUUAAAAUAAUAAGACACAACUUAUAUUAUAUAUUGGUAGGUAUAAAUAUCUUAUACCUAAAAGGUAAUAUAAAAUAAAAUCUGAUUUUUUUUGAUUAUAAUGUAAAAUUAUUGUUAUAAAUAACAAAAUAAUUAAUAAAGUAAAAUUAAUUAUUUUCUAUGCGAAUUCUUGGAAAAAUCUCGACAUCUCUAAACAUUUCUGUCAAUGCAAUUAACUUUCAAACAUAACUUAAGAGGAUAACCAUGAAAGUAUACAUUUUUGGUAUUUUUAACUUAACUUGCAUUUUAAUGUGUUAUUUUUGGCAAUUAGUGUCCAAGACUGCCAUUUUUCAAUUAUUACUAUAGAAACGGCUCCUGGGUGUUUUCGCUCAAAUGGCUUGUAAAUAUCGAAAAAUAUUAGUUCUGAUUUCACCGAAAACUUUUUUAUGUUAUUACACUAAAUGAAAAAAAAAUUCCGAAAAAUCAUUUUUGAGUUACUUUUAUUUGUAAAUGAUUGAAAUAGCAAUAUAAAUAAGUUUUACAUGGUUUAUUAACAAUAAUAUGAAAAUUAAGUAUGACAGGUGAAUUCUAAUUGCAUCAAAAUUUUAAGCAUAACAUUUUAUUAUUAUUAUUAUGUUUUAAUCAUUUGAUAUAUAUGUAACCAGGACUUUCUUUUUGAGGGGUGGAAGGGAGAAUCCAAACAUAAAAUUAUGAAUUACCAAUAAUUGUCUUGGGGAAAAAAAAUGAAUGGGUAGAAAAUCAAAGUAUUAUCUGAUAUUUUGUUGAGAAACUUUUUGGUCGAGGGUCUAGACCCCUUUCCUCUCCUCCCCCUCACUCUCUGACUACAUGCCUGCUUGCAACAUUAUAAUAGGAACUAUUGGCAGAAAUUUUCCAUAAUUUUAAUGGGAGUUAAUAUUUUAAAAUACUUAAUUGUACAUCAAGAGCCACUCUCUGUACUUGAAAAAAUCAUCAUGAAAAAUCUAAGUUUGAUUUAUUUUAGAUAUCAUAUAUAUUUGUAUUAUAUUAGUAACAUAGGAUAAGUAGAUGAAAACAUGAUUAAUCACCAAAAUAAUUUAAUCAAUUAAUUUAAUUUAAGGAACAAGUUUUAACUUAAAAAUAUAUUUGAUUAUGUUAUAAGAAUUAUAAAGAAAAACAAAAAUAUGCAUCAAAUAUUUCUUUACAGUAACAACCUUGUUAUAUAAAAGUAGGUAGAUUACAAAUUUUAAAAAUAUAUCAAAUUGUAUUAUGUACAUAAUAUAGAGUAUCUAACAAUAAAUUUAAAUAAUUUAUUUUAAACAAUAUAUUUAUACAUAUAGAUUAAUAAUAUGUUAAUUGAAAAUUAUUAUGUUUGUAUUUACCUAUACAUUAAUUUUUAUAGUAGUGACCACUAACCACUUUACACUUAGUUUUUUUGAGGGGACUAAUUUCUCUGUUUAUAUAUUUUGAGGUAGCUUUAUCCCCCAAGCCCCUCUCCCCACAAGUUUUGACUAUGAUAGGUAGGUACUUAUAAUUUGUAAAUAAUUCUCCAAGUACUUGAUAAAUUGAUCAACAAAUAUGUUAUAUAAAUUAAAAUUCUGUAAGUAAGAAUCUUUGAAAUUUGAAUAAUAUUUAUUUAUUUCACUAUUUUACUCGAGUGGAUUUGUAACUUACUUUAUUUAAGGAAUAAAGUAAUCCAUAAAGGUGAAUCAUUCAUUGGAAUAGACAUUUUACCUACAUAAUAUUUAUAAAAGUACAAAAAAUGUUUGUUAACAAAUAUACUUAUUAUGGUUAUAUUAUUUUUAUGAAAUCCAUAGUCUUUUUUAGUAACUUUUACUUUUCACAACAAGUUCACAAUGAUUUAGUAUUAUUCCUAUUUUAUAUACCUACAUACUCACCAGUAUGAUCUUAUAUUAUUUCAUUUCUCUUCAAAUAUUAAAUUAGUUAGAUAUUUUAUAAUAAUUAUAACAUUUUUAAAUUAUUGAUGUAUACAAAUCUAUUAUUUUUAUGCAAUUUUCAGUAACUAAAAUUCAUAGGGACGAAUUGGAUACCAUUUUAAUAAUUUUAGAAAAAGUAUUAACAUUAUGUCCAGAAAUUAUAGCUCAAAGAUGGCAAUGUCACAGUUUGUGUAUGAUUGUCACUAAAUUAUUGCAUCCAGAAAAUGCAUGGCGUUUGAGACGAGAUGGCAUGAAGUAAAAAAUUUAAUCUAUACAAAUUAUUUUAAUCUUAUGUUUUAUUAUUAAUAUUAAAUAUUAUAGAUUUUUUAUUUUAUGGUAUCAAAUUUUGGGUGAUAAUGCACCAGAAACAAUAAAUGCAAUAUUUUGUACUCUUGUUCCUGGACUUUCAAAUUCAAUACCUGACAAUUCUGGAUUAACAGUCUUCUGGAAUAGUUGUACAAAUCCAAUAGUACUUGAUAAUAUAUCUAGUAAGGAACUUAUUACCAGAAAAUCUUUAUUUUUAACUGCAAAUUAAUAUUUCACCUUAUUAGGUCCUGUGGCUGCUGUAGAAACUAGUAUUUUGUAUCCACCACAAAUGGGUGAAAAACAGCCAGAUGAUGUAGUCAAGUAUUAUUUAGAAUCCUUGCUAGAAUUGAUGGUUAAUCAGGUAAUGAUAUUCAAUUAAUAAUAUAUUAUGGAUAUGGUUGGUCAUUGAAUAUAGUUUUAAUCAUUAAAAACUUACCUAUGUUGAAACCAUUUUGUAAAUUUUAAAUUUCAGGUUCCAAGAAUUAUGUGGAAAGAUCUGAAAAACUGUCAAAGGCGAUGUUUUAAUUUCUUAUUUGAAAAAUUUAAAGAAUAUUACUUACCUGUUAUAUUUCCAGAUUAUUCAAUUUCUACUAAUAUUUAUAAACAAACUACAGGUAUUUUAUAUUUUAAUUAAGCUUUUAGUAGAUAAUAUAUAAUUUUUAAUGUUUUAGAACUACCAGAUUGCACCAAUCAAAAUCGAACAGAUAUUAACAGUAGCUCUAGGGUUUGUGUUAUUAAGUGGCUUGCUGGUUAUACACAAGAUAUUAAACAGAAACAUUAUUAUCCUAGUAUACCUUUGAUAUCAAAAUUUAUAGGGUAUACAAUAAUAAUAACAAAAUAAUAUUUUGUGUGUAAUGAAUUAUUGUAUUAAUAUAGAGACAAAGCUCAAAUUAUACCUUUCGAUAUUGUCAGAGAUACCUUAUAUAAGUCGAGAGAAAAUGUAAAUUUAAUACAUGAAAUAUUCCGACAAGCAUUUUUAUUAAAUUUCACUUGGGCUAUUGCAAUACGAAGAACAAUUGCUGUUUACAAAGAUUGGAUUCAAUUAAGUGUAAAUUUGUUUCACUUAAAAUUACCAUUUUGUAUAUUUUAUUUUUUUUCCUGAUAGGUUGAGCAUCAACCACCUUUUAUGUUGGAACCAGAAGAAAUAAAUGUACAAACAUCAGAUUUAAAUGUAAAUUUCAUAAAUAUUGUUUAUAAUAAGUAUGCUUAAAAAAGUUUUUUUUUAGUGUUAUAACGAAGAAAUCCCUCAGAUAAAAUAUGAACCUAAAUAUGGUGAUAUUAGGGCUGGAUUUCAGGUAAACAUUUCAAUAUUGUAAUAUUAUUAUUAAAAAUUAAUUUUAUUGUUUUUAUCAAUGAAAUGCAACGUUGUGGUGCAGAAUGUUAUUCAAAUGUUUAUGAGUAAUGCUUUGCAAGUGUUUAUUUCACAAAAUGGUACACAUCCUAUAUUAUUGGAAGAACAAGUUGAUAUUUGUAAACGAGUAUUAAAUAUUUAUAGGUAUAUGGUCAUGCAUACAUAUAUGACUUUAAAGACUUGGUAAGGAUAUUAUAUUAUUUUUAUAUUUAAAGUGAUAUUAUCAACCUCGUUACUCCAUACUUCCACCUAGAUUAGUAUCCAUCACCAAACAUUGCUAGAAUGUAAAAGUAUUAAUUUGUAUUUGCUAAAAUUAUUAUUUUCAUAAAAAAAAAAAAAUCAAAUUUAGUGGUUUUAGUAUUACAUUGACAUGACACCCUGGCUUUGUGAAACCAGUUUUUUUUAGGGAUAGUAUAUAAUUUAAAAUAAAUUAUUGAAUAAUUGAACAUUUAUCAACUUAAAAAUAUUCAAAUUUACUUUUGAAUAAAUUUAAAAUUCUCAAUGAUUUUUAUUAGUAUUUAUUGUGUAAUCAUGGAAUCAACUAAAAUGUUUACUAUUUGGUAUAAGAACCACCUAUCUAUAGUUUUAUAACAAAAUGUUGACCAUACAAAUGGUUCUAUUUCAAAUAAUAGAACUUUUACUUUGCUAUUUUUUAAUUUUUUUUGAUAUUAAAUUUCUGAUAUUGAAAAAAUAAAAUUAUUGUUACAUGGGGAGUUUAUUUUUUUUUUGUGUGCAAAAUUUGGUUUGUUUGAGAAAAACAGUUUUUACAAUCAAUUUAUGAAUGUAUACUCUUAGUAGAAGAAAUAUGACUAUAUUAAUAAAUAAAAUGAUUUGUAUAAAUAUUUUCAAUAUAUAAUUUUAAAAAUACAUGAAAAAUAAAGAAAUGUUCCAAUAUUUUAUUUAAACAGGGAACAAUUACUCAAUGUUUUGUUAAGAAUAACCACACUUGUCCUGAAUAAAAAACCACCAAAACGAAAAGAAGAUACUUUAUCUGGUAAACUAGCUCCAGCUAUAUUCCAGGUAAAAAAAAUUAUGUUAUAUUAAUUAUUUAAAAAAUACAAAUGUUCUCAUAUAUACUGAUGACAAUAUUAAACAUUAUAAUUGAAUAGAGUACAAUUCAAAAUAAAAAAUAAUACAAAAAGUUUGUAUUUUUAAAUCAUAAAUUUGGAUUGUUGUAUGGAAUGAAUAGGCGAGUUUUAUCAUUUUUUGGUCAUAUAAAUUUAAUAAUUUCUUUAGGCAUUAAAAUAUUGUAUUUUGAUAGUCAUCUCUACUGGAAUAUCAGAACAAUCAACAUUUUCCAGGUAUUUUCUAUUAAGAUAUUUUAGACAAUUAAAUGUCAGCAUGAAAGCAGGGGCGGACUGGGGUUGAAAGUCUGCAUGGACAACCAUAAGAUUAGGUCCUUUAAUAAAAAACUAUUUCUAGCAAACAAAUAUACCUAUAUUUAGCCAACAAAUUUAUCUUCUGGCAGGUGGUUGCCCAGCACUCAAUCCGCCCAGCAUGAAAGUAUUUGUUUGUUAUAAAUUGAAAAAUAAUUUCAAUGUUUAUAAUUAUUAUUAAUUCAAUCAUUUUUUCAUUUUACAAACAAUAAUUUAUUGUUACCUCAAGAAAUUGACCAUAAUAUCCUAAACUCACAACUUAAUAUUCUAUCAAUAAAAUGUUCACAUCAAAUUUAUUGUCUAAUUUAUUAUAUGCACUUGUAGCAUGCUACUCUUAAUUUAAAUGAUUUUAAUAUGUAUACAAAUAAUUUUUAAAUAUAUUUGGUAAACCAAAUCAGUAUUUUUAUAUGAACAAUGUGCAUCCUCUACUAACUACUUUUAUGAGUUUGAACUGUUUUUAGCUAAAGAAGUGAAUGCUUUUUAUGUAGAUAUGUAUAUUAUGUAGUGUUGUAGCCACACAGUUAAGGAGGUUUAGUGAGUUCUAGUUUAAUUAAACCUGUAAAUGGUUUUUUAAAAUUUAACACUUAAUGUAUAUUUGAAUUGCCAAUAUAUGAAAUAAAUAUGCAGUUUUUUGAUAGGAUUGUGUGGUUUUCUGAUGUAUAUUAAAGUAUUAUAUUUAUAAGAACUUCUAGUGAAAAUCUUGGCUACAAAUCUGCAAAUAUGUAUAUAAAUACAUAACCUAUGUGUUUUUUAGUGUUUUUUGUACAAACUUCAAGAAUGUUUUUGUAUGUUAUUAAGUGGAAUUAAUUUACUUGUUUUGUUCAGGUUUCCAACCAGUAUAUAAUUACUGGGCACAUCAGGGUGGUAUAUAAUCCUUUUUUUAUCUCCCUUGACAGUGAUCUUGUACCUAAUAGUUUUGCCAAUCCAUAAUAAGUCCUAUUUCCUGCUUGGAUUCUUGUAGCUACUUGUUUGUUGAUAUCAUUAUUUUCAUUUACAAUUAUGCAAAGAUAUUUGAAAUGAUUAACUUUCUUAUAUCUAAAUUUAUCUACCUCCAUGUAUAUGCAGUCAGUCCAAUCUCAUCUUCCCAUUAUCAUUUAUUCAGUUUUCUGUUCAUUAAUGUGUAAUCCUACUUUCUAUGUGUGUCAUUAAGCUUUUUGAAGAACUGUUUUAUCCUAUCUUAUCCUAUCUUCCAUUAACACUACAUCAUCUGCAUAUGCCAAUAAGCAAAUAGUCAAAUUCCAGAGUUUUAUUCCUUUAUGAGGUUGAAUUCUCAUUUUUUUAUUACUUUUUCCAAAACUAAUUUGAAAAAGACAGAUGAGAUAAAAUCAUCUUGUCUUAGGCCGAAUUUCACUAUAACUAGAUCUGACUUCAUGCUUCCGAUUUUAACUCUAACAAUGGUUUCCAUGAUACUGAUUGAGAUUAAUAAAUUGACCAAUUUCUGGGGGAAAUAAAACUCUUUCAAUACAUUUAUAGGACUCUUCCUAUGAAUACUGCCAUAAGCCUUCUUGAAGUUAAUAAUUAACGUUAAUUAAUUUCCUUAUUAAAUUCUCAUGUUUUUUGAUAUAAAAUAUGUUUAUUUAUUUAAAAUUCUUACACUCUGUUUUUUAUACCAAAAAUAUUGCUUCAUUAAAAAUUAAAAGAUUACCUUUUUUGUUGUAUUUUUAAUCUGGGUGGGUUAGAAAUUCGGUUUUUAAUUUUCUAUGUAGUUUUUUUUUAAUAAUUGUGCAAAAUUGAAAAACGUAUAAAUGACAAAAAAAUGUAUGGAAAUUAGGCUUUUAUAAUUAAAAAAUUUUUUAUGUUAUUCUGUUAAAAAUUUUCAUAGAUACUUGAAAUUUGUUCAGAAAACUUAUAAUUGUUUUUUCUAGAUUAGUAAAAUUUUAAAAAUAUUCAAGCCAUUUUUAAGUUAUUUAUAGACAUUCAAAUUUUUUCUUAAUUUUUACUUGAUAGGUAUUCUAUUAAAAUUAUGACUUAAGAGAAAUACUUGAACAUUAAGCACAAAAUUCAUUAUAAAUGGUACUUAAAUAAUUAAUAAUAACAAGAAUUUAGUAUUGUUUUCUUUUAAAAUCAAUUGCUUAUAUAACUACUAUUAUCGUUUUUCAGUAGCAAUGAUUUAUCAUUGCAUACAGAUAUACAUUCAAUUUCCCUCUAUAUUCUACUGUCACAACUUUUCACCUAUAAGAGUGGCCUAUCAUAAAAAAUGUAACUUUUUUUUUUGUAUUUCAGUUAUGAAUAUUUUUAUUUUAGAGGGUUGAAAUUGUCCAGAAAAUUUAUGACUGCCUAUUUGAUAGAUAAAAAGUGGAUAAAAUUGUUAGAAUAAUAGAAAUGAUUGAAAAUUUAACCAAAGGUUGAUAUAAAAACAAAUUGAGUGUAAUGUAGUAUUUUUUUUUUAUACAAAUUUUAAUGAAAAUCUUAAAUAUUUCAAUACAUGUAUAACCGAACUUUGUUAUUAUUUUUGUUUUAACUAUUUUUGUUAAUAAUAGUUUGUUGUUGUUUAUAAAUUUAAAUUAAAGAACUUUAUGUAUCCUUCCUUUCCAACUUCUCACCUACAAUAGUACCAUACCCAGUCCCCUAGUAUCAGAUCUUUUUUUUUAGUUAUAUGAAAUUAUCUAUAAAUUAUUACAUUAUUAUUUUAAUGGAAGAUUGAUUUUCCCAUAAGUAUAUGUGUAUAUAGUUUUUUUUUAAUUUCUAGUCAAAUAAGAGAACUGUUUUAAGUCCCAAUUUAGCAAAAUCGAAAUUGAAUGGAAAUGUAAAUACUAAAAAUACUUAAUAAUGUGACAUCAUUCUUAAAGUUUGUAUCAUACUUUAUGAAAUAUUCAUUAUGGUUAAAUCAUCAAACUCUUAGCAUGCUCAUGCCAAAUAUUUAGCUAUAUAUUAUUAUAUUUUUAAUUUGUACAUAUUUUAGACUUUAAUUGUAACCUGGAUAAAAGCUAAUUUAAAUGUUCCAAUUUCUGAAAAACUGUGGAACCAGUUUUUAAAAGUGCUUUGUUCUCUCACUCAAUGGGAAGAACUUAUUAGAGAAUGGUCGGUGAGUAAUACAUUUUUUUUUAAAUAUUUUUCUUUGUAAUACUUAUUAAUUAAAUUUAUAUACAAACAAUUUUAUUUUUAUAUAUAUAAUUUAUGUUUAUAUCUAUUUCUUAUUUAUUGUGUUAACUAUUUUCAGAAAACGUUAGAAACACUUACACGAGUAUUAGCUAGACAUGUGUAUGGCCUGGAUUUAGCAGAUUUGCCAUUAGAGCGUAUAUUAGAUAAAAAAUCAAGAAAAAAACGUGGUUGCACUAUAUUAAACUCUGCUUACAAUAUCUGUAAUUUGUCCCAUUCACAAGUAAACCAACAACGAGGUUCUGUGAUAGGUAAUUUACUAUAAUAAAUUUUAUCUAUUUAUAUUUAUUAAGCUUUAAAUCAAGUACUGUAUGGGCAUAUGUAUAAGUGUACAUUUUUUUUUAUCAUGGAACAGUCAAUUUUAUUAAGAUCCAUUUUUUGUAUUAAGAAUUUUUUUCCUUUUUACUUUUAUGUAUCUAAGAUUUGUUUAUAUUUUUUUAAUUGUAGUCUAUGGUGUAAAUUUUAGACUUUAGUUUAUAAAGCUAUUUAAUAUGUUUAAUUAAUUUUGUCUUCUCUAUUGGUUGUUAACCAAUAGAUUUGGUUUAUUAACUAUCAUUUGAAUCUUAGUAAUCCUCUAAUCUCAGCCAAUAUAUUUAAAUCUACAUAAAAAGGAGUCUCUUAUUAAAGAUAAAAUUACUAAAAUAUGUUCAUACAUUUUUAUAAAUAAUAUGUUGGUUUAUUUGUUUUAUAUAGAUUCUCAUUCAGAUAAUACAAUUAAAAAAAGACAAUUUAUCAAACGGUCAAAUAGUGAUUCAGAUAUAACAUAUUGCUAUUUAUUUCAAAAAUAUAGUGAAACUGAUUCAGUUUUUAAUAUUACAGGUAUGUGAUAAUAAAUUGAUACUUAUUAAAUUAAUAUUACUAUAUCUUUUAUUUUUAAUAUAGAAACACCUACUGCAGAUGAUAUUAAAUAUAGUUGGAAGGAUGACAAAUCUUUAAAAUGUUUAUUUAAUGUACGAAAAUGUCAUUCUUUAGAAAAUUUAACACAACUUUUAAGUACGUAUUCUUUAAAUUAUUUAUCAAUAAUUAAUUAACUAUGACUAUGGUGCAUUUCCAGUGUUGAGAAUGCGUGAUACUCAUUCAAGGUCACCAUCUCCAGUGCCUUCAGCUGGAAUGGAAAGUAAUUUAUUUAAAGAUACAAAUAUACAAAUAGAAAUAAUGUCUUCUCAACAUCCUUCUUCAGGUAUAAUAGAUAAUUAUAUUGCAAUGCAAUAGUGUAUAUCCUUAUUAAUAUAUUAUAGAAAAAAUAACUAAUAAAAAGUCAGUCAUGUCUGGUGGGGAAGUUAGAGGUUGGACACCAGAUGUUGCUGCAAUAUUGUGGCGUCGAAUGCUUAGUGCUCUUGGAGAUGUGAACUUAUUAGAAAAUCCAAUAUUGCAUGAGAGAGUAUUUCAAUACUUAUUAGACCUCAAUGAAACAAUGACCAAAGUAAGUGAAUGCUUUUAAAAUUGUAUACAUGAAAAUUAUAAGCAUAGAAUAAUUUCUUAUAGAUAUAUCAAAAUCGAAGCAUGGUAGAAGAAGAUAAUUAUGCAUCUUCAGAUUUAGUUCCACCAAUAUUAAUUAUCGCUCCAUGGUGUUUUCAGGUAAGUUAAAAUUCUUGGUUUAUUAUCAAAGAAUUAACUUUAUUAAAUGUUUUAUAGUUUAUCUUUGCUAAUUUAAAUUAUUUGAAUAAUAUAUUUGAAUUGAUCUUAUUCUUAUUCAAUAUAGAACUUUCAAUUGUUAUGAUAUUUACUAAAGAAAUUAUUUGUUUUUAAAUUAAUUGACAAAUAUUACAAUAUAAAUAUUAUUUUAGGCUUUGAAUUUACCAAAAACUUACAGAAAUGGUAAACUUCAUGCAUAUAAAUUAUUGUGUCAAAUGACACUAAAUAAUAACAAAGAUGUAUCAUUAGGACAAAAAUAUGUCACACAAUUUUUCAAAGUACUACAUUAUGGCCUAACUUCUAGCGAUCAAGUAUUUAUAUAUUUAUAUUUUCUUUAUUUAAGAAUAAAUAAAUAAAUAAAAUAUUACACUUAAUUUUUUAGGACAUUGUUAACACAAUACUAAAAAAUACAGGCCCUCAAUUUUUUUCCCAUCAAUUACCAGGAUUUACAUUACUGACAUUGGAUUUUGUUCGUGCCUGUAAUGAAGUCCUUAGUGGAACAAAUUUUAGUAUGGUAAUAAAUAAUAGAACUUUGUUGAGUUCAUUAAAUUAGUAAUUCAAAUUGUUUAUAAAAGUAUUUCCCUUUAUUCUUUAUAGCUACCUUAUAACUUCUACUAAAAUGUUUGUACAAUGGGUUAUAAUAUUUUAUAAUUUUUAUUUCAGGCGCCACGUGCUGAAGCGGUGUCUAUACUAGGGACAUUAUUAUGUUUUCCGGCUAAUCUUACCAAAGUACCUUAUCUUAAACCUGAUUGCCACCAGUUUCUAAUUACAUAUUGUCCUGAUAUUAAAGUAAAUUAAAGUUCAGCUUGUAUUUUAUUGAAUAAAUAAAUUAUUAAUUAUAUUUUCAGGAUACUGUAAUAACCAUCAUGUUAAAAGUAGCUAAGAGAGAACCUUCUGGAUUAGCAAGGUGUAUAUCUUUAUCUAAUUUGGGUAUUUUUGUGUGUCAAGAAUUAAGUAAACCUCACCCCUUUCAUCCUAGUAUUAAAGAAGCAAUUAUCACAUUGCUACUUGCUUUACAAGUAAAUACCAAUGUGGUUUAGAUAACAAUAUUAUAACUGUGCAUAGUAAUUAUUUUAAAUAUUUAUUUCUAGUUUAAAAAUGAGAAAAUUUCUCAAGUUGCAUGUGAUAAUGUAAUGUUAUUAUGUGAUUAUGUUCCAAUUUUGUUGAUAUAUUAUCCAGAUAUUCCACCAAAAGUUCUUGAGGUAAUUAAAAUUUUUUUAAUAAUAGAUUUGUAGGCAAUUGACCUUAUCACAUGUACCAUUAGGUUGCUUUUUAAGUUUUGCGAUAAGAUUACACUUGGGUUACUAUGUCUAAUCUUAUAAUAGAACAUGAUAAUUGACAUUAUUACAAUUUAUAUUUAUCGAUUUGAGAUACAAAUGUGAUGACUUUUGCUGUAGAUUAACUCAACAACAAUAUUUUGAACAACUUGUUUCAAUUUUUGGUGACAAAGUGUCACACCGGCCCUUUGUUUCACAGAUUUGCUGAAUUUAAUUGUGGUUAUUUAAUUUGCUUAAGGAUUAAUUUCAUGAAAGUCAUCUAAAAUCAGUGGUUUUGCCAGAAAACAUUGUAUGUGAUAUGAUAAAUCUAGAUCGCCAUAUGACUUUGUCACUGUGAAAUUGAGACAUCUCUAGGCAUGAGUUCUACUAGUGUUCAUUUAAUAUUGCAUGGACAUUUGGUAAAAAGUGUGUUCAUGUUGGAUCCCACACAAUUUGAAACUCAAAAAACACACUCAAAAAAAGAUUCAUAUAGAUUGGUUUACAGAAAUGUUGAAAAAAUAGAGUCAUGGCACUUCAUACAAUUGGAAUAGAGAAUAAAUUAUGGAUUUAUGUGUAUGAUUUGGAAAGUAAACGGCAAUAAAUUGUAUGGGUCUUUCAAGGUGAGCCAAAUCUAACAAAAGUUGCAUGACCUCUUUGAAGCAAAUGGUUGCCUGUUUUUUUGCAUAACUGAACAUGUGGCAACUGUAAUAUUAGAACAAUGUAGGACAGUUUAUUCUAAAUGGUACAUAACCAUUUGCUUACUAAAAUUCUUCGAAGAAAUAAGGGAAAAAAGAUGGACAAUGGGAGCUCUCACAGAUCGCCUCAAACAACUGUCUAUCUUAUUAGUCAAAACAUCAAAUUGUUGGGUCAUCUGCUAUACACCUCUGAUUUAGCACCCAAUGACUUCUUAUUAUUCCCACAUCAAAAAAAAAAUUGCAUGGUUAACCUUUUCUAAUGCCUGAAGAACCAGUUGAUAUGUUCAAAAUGCAUGUUUUGGAGGUAUUUUAAUUGAAUUCGAAAAAGUUCUUUGAAACUUGGUUCAAAUGCAUGCAAAAGUGUAAUGAUAUUUGUGGAGAAUAUUUUGAAAAACAAUAAAACCAUUUUUAAUGAUAAAUGUUAUACUGUAUUUUUUUCGCAAAACUUAAAGGUAACCUAUGUAUUAUGUAACAAUGAUAAUUGUAAAACAAUUUUUUUAUAAAUAAUCCUUUAAUUUUAUAGGUAUUAUCUGCAACCCUGUCUAAUAUGUUACCAAUUGGGGAUAGAAAUAAGCGUUUAUUAACAUCUCUAGUAUUUUGUUUAGCUGAAUGGACUAUGCGUUUGCCAAUUUCGACUUUAUUAGAAAUAAGGUCUAAACAAAAUUUAUCAAUGACUGUAUUUAUGGUAUGCUUUAUAAUUUUUAUUUAUGUGUUGAUUUUUUUAAAAUAUGUUUAAUAACUAAUGAAAUAUAAUGUCUAAUAAGACACUUGAACACUUUAUUUUAAGGCAUAUACACUAUGAUUAGGAAUUUAGAACUGUACUGUCUCACUUUAGGUUAUUGAUGCUUUAAGCAGAACUUGUAAUGAAAAGACAAUUGAAUCAUUAAAGAAAGCAACAGAAGUUAAUUUAGAAUAUGCAAAUGAAUUCACAUUUGAUAUAACAUUAGAUAAUUUAAAAACUGGAGAGUCUACUAGAAACAUGUUUAGUGAUCAUAAUACCAUGGCACCAACACACCUUAAUAGUACGAGACACUCGCUUCAAAUAGCUACUAAAAUGGUGUGUAUGUUUACUACAAUUAUUUUGAUAUUGAAUUAAUUUCAAACCACCUUGCAGAUAAUUAACCAUUUACUUAAUAAUUUGGGUCAAUUCCCUAUGUUAACUGGAAGAUUGUGUUCUAUGGUUUCUGAACAUGAUGAUGUCCUUAAUUCUGUACAUGAACAAGUUACAGUUGACAUAUUUUCUGUACCAAAGAUUCAGGUAUAGCUGUUUAAAAUAUAUGUUUUAAACUUAAAUAUUUUUUAAAUUGUAUUCAUUGUUUACUCUUUAGUUAUUUAUGUCUAUUACAAAUAUGCUUACAAUUUCUAUAAUCGAAUUACCCACGUUGGAAUUCCCUGGUGGAGGUAUAACUGCAUGUUUGAGAACAGGAUUUAAUCAAGUACGCGUUAUACAGCGCGAUUUAGUUGGAAAAUCUUGUUGGGAUAUUUCAUUACUUUAUUGUAGUCCUGAAUCUGAACCAAAGAAUGGUAAACCUAAAAUUAAACUUAAUUUCAAAUUAAUUGUGUAGAUACAAUUUAUUAGAAUUUAAUUACACUUUAUAUCUUUUAGAUGAUAACUUAUUCAUUACAAAGUCUAUCUAUAAAAAUAACGAAACAGAAGAAUCGAUUCUAAUAUGCAAUUCAAAUUGUCAAAUUGAACAUACUUUGCGCCAUCGAAUUCCUAAUGUUCUACCGACAUUUGAAAAUUCUGCAGAUGAUCUUGAUAAUUUAGAUGAUGUAUUCAUUAUAUUUUAUAAUUAAAAUAUAUUUAAUUUUUAAUCCGCACCUUUCUUUAUAUAUGCAGUUACUUCAAUUCAUUGGUUUUACCAGCUCUGAAUGUUUAGAAGACUUGGAAAUUUUAUUAAACAACCCUGCAAUAAAAUCUCCAAUGACAUUACAAUUAGAACAAGAUGUUAUGAGUACAAUUCUCGGACAACAUUUUUUAGAUAAUAAUUAUACAGAAAAAUUAAACACUGUACUUUGCACACAGUAAGUUAAAUAGUAUAGCUAUUCAUUAACUUUAUACUAAUUUGAAUAUCAUUUAAAUUUUACUGAAGUAUGGAAAAGCGGCCUAAAUCUAGUGUUCAUAAAUCUCCAUUUCAAACUGGGCGAGCACUAUUUUCAGAAUUAGGUUUUACUAACUGGGAUCAACGAAAACAAAUUUACCAGCUUGAACGCAAUGAAAAAGUUUUGAGAGAACUACGUAAUCUUGAUGCUCAGGUAUUUUAGUAGUUUUCAGAGUUUUAAUUAUAGUUUUGUAUAUAUUUAAUUUGUAAAUUGUUUGUACUUAAACUGCACCUAGGUUUGAAUAAAAUAAAAUAUGUUUUGGUUGUAAAAAUAUACUUGUUUAAUACUGAAAAAUUAAUUUAAUAAGUGAUAACCAAGACUUGAAGUAUUUACAUUUUUUGGUGAUUUUCAAAAAACCUAGAAGUGAAAUUUGAAUUUUUUUGUUGAAUAUUUCAAAGUUUUGAUGCUCCUUUGGUAGUUUGUGUUUUUAGCAAUAUAACUAUUUUAUGGUUAUAUUUUUAAAAUUUAUAAAUUCUUUUCAUUUUUAUUAAUAUUAUGUUAAUUACAUGUGUUAUAAACUUACAUUUUUUUAAUAAUUUAAAAAUAUUAUGUGUAUAAACAUUUAUAAAAUACUAAAAAUUAGUAAAUUCAUAAGUUUAUAACUAAAUUAAUAAUUAUUGUGUGUAUAUGAAUUUGUUUAAAACAUAUGUACAAUGGUACUUAUAAAACUUUUUGUUGUAUUGCAUGUGCCCUGAUGGUUAACCCUUGACAAUAGUACUCUAAAAUAUUAUUUUGUGUUCACACAUAAUCAUUUAAUAUAGCAUAUAACAUAGAUUAAAUAUACACAUUAAUGUUCAUAAAUGUUUAAUAUAUUAUAUAUUUAUUAACAUUAUAAUUAAUGUUUUUGUUUACUAUAUUUAGUAUUGUAGAGACACUCACAAAAUAGCUAUAAUUUAUGUUGCGGAAGGCCAAGAAGAUAAAUUUGCUAUUAUUUCAAAUACUGGGGGAAGUCAAGCCUAUGAAGAAUUCAUUUCUGCACUUGCUUGGGAGGUAAAAGCUAUACUCAUAUUUUAUAAAGGUAUUUUAAAAUGUUUUUAAUUUAUUUUCUUAUAUAAAUAGGUGGAAUUAGAAACACACAAUGGUUUUAUGGGUGGACUACAGAGAAACAAAAAUGCUGGUAGUACAACACCAUACUAUUCUACUUCAUUCAUUGAGGUAGUUUUUCAUGUAGCUACCAGAAUGGCUACUACAUCCACACAAGAAGCAUAUGUUCAAAAAGUAUAUUUUUAAAAACUUAUCUAUUUAUCCAACUAUUUAUAUUAUGCCUUGUUAUCAGACUAGACAUCUAGGAAAUGAUGAAGUACAUAUUGUAUGGUCCGAAAAUUCCAAAGAUUAUAGACGUGGUAUUAUUCCUACAGAAUUCUGUGAUAUUCUUAUUGUCAUAUAUCCAUUGCCAAACAGUUUAUUUAGAAUUCAAGUGUCUAGGAAACCAGAAGUUAGUCAAAUUUCAUACUUUUAUACAUAGUGUGGUAGUUUUGAAAACUCAAAAUUGAUGUGUUAUGUGUACUUGUAUAAUUUAAUGUUUAAUGUUAUUUAGGUUCCUUAUUUUGGACCACUGUACAAUGAAGUUAUUGUUCAAAAAUCUAUUUUAGCUAAUGUAGUACGUCACACAGCUAUAAAUGCGUCAUGUGCAAAACGUAGUACUAUACCAUUCUAUCAACAAUAGUAUGUUUAUUUUGACUACGAUAUUAAUUUUAGAUACCAUUAUAAUUUUCGAAAUUUAGAUUGAAUUAAACAAUUUAUUUUACAGUUAUGAAGAAAGGUGGUUAUCAUUAGAUUUGAUUAUGAAAAAAUACAGACACUCGGGCACUUUUGAAGAAUUCAUAUCAAAUGUUUAUUCACCUGUACAAACAACCUCACCAUUCCAGCAAUCUUAUUUUAGGAGUAAUUCAGGUUAUAAUUUUUAAUAUUAUAACAAUUUUUACUGACAGUGUUGGUCUGGACAUUUAAAUGACCUCAGAUGUAUUUUUCAAAAGGGUUUUAAAUCAUUUUUAACUUGUGUAAUAUUACUGUUUUUAUUUUUAAUAUCUUGGCGAUUUAAUGGAAUAAUCAUAAAUUUGUUUCCAUUUGUCUAUCUUAUUGAUUUUUUUAAUAUUGUAAGGCUAUAUCUUUACAAAACCUGAUUAGAAAAUCAGUUCUGUUCACUAUUUUUAACCAUGGUCAGGCCGACACUGUAUAAUUAUAUGGUAUUACUGGUGCAUAUUAAAUAAAAGCCUAUCAUCUUGAUCUUAGAAAAAUAUAAGCCCGAUGAUUACAUAUCUGGUUCAAACAAUUUAGCCGCUGUCCUCAUAGACUCCUGCCAAAAUAGAAAUGUUAAAGGUAAACUUGAAUAGAAUAUAAAAAUAUAAGUCAAUGUUAUUAAAUUAACUUAAAUACAUUUAAAAUUUGUUUAAUUUUUAAUUGAUAAUAAUCUUUCAUUAAAUGACAAGUAUUACUUACUAGUAAAAAUACAUAGUUGUACGUAAUACAGGGCUACCAAUAGAUUGGUCCAAGAAAAAUGGAACUGAUGUGGAUGUGUUAAUAUCCGCUGGAAUAUCCCCUAGACCGCACAAGAAAUUGACUUCACAUCAAAAUCUUAUGCGAUAGCAUUGUUGAAAUGAAUGGUACAGACAUGUUUGUUUUAAUAUUGUAUUGUUUAUUUAAUAGCAUGCAGUAUGUAUGUACAGUAGUCUAAACAUUUUCCUCUAGUGAAUGCACGCAAUUUUUUUGUCAUAGAUUUGUUUUAAACUAAUAUUAAUUUGAUGUUUGACUAAAUAAGAUAUUUGAAUUUGUAAUUUUAUUUUAUUAUCUUAUAUUAUAAAAUAACACAUUGCAUUUUGUGAUGAUAAUUGAAUAUACCUAAAAUUAAUUAAUUAAUUAAUUAAUUUAUAAAUCUUUUUUGUCAUGGUAGGUAGCUGUACUAUGAAAUAAGAUUAUUAUUCAUGAUGGGAAUUGAAAUAAAAAUGAGUACAUUAUUUUUCUUAUAUAGGUAUACCAAUACAGUUUUAACUUACCUUUCUAUUAAUUUAAGCCAUAGAUCUAUUAACUUUUGUAAGUUCUAUAAAGCACACUAUUUAUCUAUGUUUUAGAUUUUGUGAUGGUUUUUCUAUGAUGUGUGUUUUUAUGUGUAUGUCUUCAAACAUUUUUUCUACCAGAGACCUUGCUUCGAUUGAUUAUGACUUCAAGUACAGGGUAGAUUUAUCUAUCAUGAACCAGUGAUGUUUUUGUAGAAUUUUAAGUGAAUUUUAUUUUUAUUUUUCAAUCAUGGAAUCAUUUAAGCCUUAUUUUAAUACUAUUUUCACUUUUACAACCAUUACUUCCUAUACCUUAAAUGAGUAUUAACUUUUUAUUUUCUAAUAGAAACCCCCUUCCAAUUCAAACACAGUUAUGAAUAGAAAAUAUUUGUCUAUCAAUUUUGUAUAUAUAACACUUAUAUAUCGGAUUAACUGUUUAUGAGUUAUCACAAUAUAUCAUUUAGACUAGAUGAUUAGGAAAGGGUAAUUCUGUAUCCAUUUUUAAAUAGUAAAUUGAUUGGAGCGAAGAAACUGAGUAGUUUACAAUGUUCAUUUUGAAUUUUGUAAAUACAUUUGUGCAAUAUGCCCCAUAAUUUGUUUGUUUUCUAUGUACUUUAUCUAUUUAAAAAAUUCCACAUUUAGAACCUCUCUAGUUCCAUAAUUCUUGCAUAUUGCUCCUUUAUGGAAUUGUCUGUCAAUCUAGGACUUUUUUUCCUAUGACUGAGAUUUACCUGUAUUUAUUUUUAUUACAAUAUUGUGUGUUUUUAUCUGCUUAUAUGUGUUUAAUCAUAGGUGUCAUUACAGCACACGGUUGCAAUUGCUACCCCUAUUUUUAAUGGGGUUGAAAAAUAAUAGCUAUGCUACCCUAUGAGUAAUUUGUAAAAAAAAAAUGCAUUUUUUUUUUCAGAAUAUAUUUAAACUAAUAUACUAUCAUUGAUUAAUAAAUUGAAUUUAUAAUUAUAUUAAUCACUUGAUUGAGUAUUUAAUAAUUUCUGUAUCAAUUUGAUAUAAUUGUGAUUAAUAAUUUACUAGGACCAACAUAACAUAAGACACUCAUUAUCUCAGAAAGUGUUAAGUUUUUUCAGAUUAGUUUUUUAGAACAUUUAAGAAAUAAGUAGUUCUAAAAUAUUUCAUUAUUCUUUUAUUUGUGAAAUUUAUAUUUACCCCCUAAGGGUUGACAUUUUUAAUUUCCAUAAACUCAUAGAUGAAAUAUUUCAUUUUUAAAUUCUGGUGGGAGGGUGAAGAAGUAGUAGUAUAUCAAUUGUGUGGAGACACAGUGUCAAUUUAAUAGUGUUACACAACUCUCCUUCUACCUAAACAUAAAAAUGGUAUACAUCAUCAAUAGGUGGACAGAAAUUAAAAAUGGCAACACCAAAAUUGAUUUAAACUAAUUAUCUAUUUAACUAAAGAAAUUCUAAUAUAAUUUGCCGCUUGAAAAUCAAAAGUAAAUAAUGUUUUCACCCCACAAAAUAGAGAUAACAAAAAAAGAGUAAUGGAAUAUUUUGUUGCCUAAAUGUUCUAAAAAAAAAAAUUUGAAAAUACAUAGUUAAUUCUUUAUGAAAUAAUGAGCGCCAUACAUUAUACUGAUUACUCUGUAUUGAAACACCAAUUGAUCCCUUGCUUUAUUAGACUACAACUGAAUCAUAGAUGCAACUAUGGGGUGUUAGGAUUUUUUUAGCAUCCCCGAAAAUUCCCAAUAAGUUUAUUUAUAUUAUUGACUAAAUAUUUUAUCCAUGUAUUUCAUAAUUAAUAAGUGGAACAAAAUACAGAUUAUCUACAAAAAAUGCCUUUGUGUUUAAAAUAUAAAAAUUAUGAGAUAUAUUUAUACAAACAUUAUUGUUAAUAAAGACUAUAAGACUUAAAUUUGUUGUUGCUUAUUAUAAGUAUCGUGUAAAGGGGAUUGUUGAGGCAUUGCCCUUAUGGGUUUGUGAUGUGCUUAUAAUUUUAGCACUCCCAAAUUUGUUGGUCUAGUUGCACCAAUGAACUGAAUUUAAACUAUUGAAGAUACUUGCUUUCUUUUUAAUUAGAUUCAAUAUGUGAAAUUUUGUUUAUGAGUUAAAUAGUAUUCUUAUAAUCUAUACUAUUGAUAUGUUACAGUUGAAGCUGAAAUGGAAACAGUCCGACUGCAAUAAAAAACUGUUACUCUGUCACAGUCUAUGCUCAUUACGUUUCCAACUCUAGCCUUUUUAUUAUUGCCAAACUUUACCAACUGGCGCAGACUCGAGAUUGGAACUAAGCGCCGCACACAGUACAAAGUUUAAUAUUUAUUAAUAGGUACCUGGUACUUGUUAUUAAAACUGACACUGUUAUUGUUUUGUCCCAUUUAGUCGCACUAAAACAUUAUUAUUAUUAUUAUUAUUAUUAUUAUUAUUAUAAUUAUUUAUUAAUAUGGGGGUUUUUUCUUUUUUCAUGGUGUUACUUAAAAAAAAAACAACAACCUCUUCACAUAAGUACCUAACCUAACCUAUAUUAUAAAAUAUUCUUAAUUAGGUAGGUGUUAGUAUUAUUAAUGUUAAUCCGUCCCAUGUGUACUUAAACCGUUUUGUACCUAAUUUUUAUUACUGGGAAACUUAGACUGACUCUGACUUGUUUUCACUUAUAGAUGUAGAAAUAAUUUAUCAUAUAAAUAACUGUAGUUAUACAUAGUUAUUAGUGAUAGAAUUUGGAACUAAAAAUUGUUGGUGAUGUACAACUAAAAUAACUGAAAAAUAUAACUAAGUAAAUAUUAAAUAAUUAAAAUAGAUACUAAAAAAAAAAAACUUGAUUUAUACAAUUUUUAGUUUCUUUAAUUUUAUAUUGGGUACCUACUUUGUUUGAAUAAUUAUAUUUUAAUAGGUUUUACCUCUGCAAGCUAUAACCUAUUUGUUUUUCUUUAUAAUUUACUUUUGCUAUGAAAAGUAUUUUAUGUCCAAGUUUGUAAUUUUUAAAAGUAAAAUGCAUUUAUUCUAUAGCAGCUAUUAAGAAUAAUAUGGGAAUACAAGUCCCGAAUCCCAGUUAUUACAAUAAAUAACAAAGCGUAUAUUUUCCACUAAUAUAGUAUUUCCUUGGGCCCUCCUGUCUAUCAAUAUUGAAAUUUAUUUGUAUCUUCUGCUCGUUCAACUUUUUUCUAUUUUAUUUCUGAAUAGCCCAUUGCCCAAUAUUAUGUCCACUGUAUUACCUAUAGUGUAUUAUAAUUAUUUAAGAGAGCUCUUUUGUUUUAAUGGUCUAGGUACAUCAAAACAAUAUGAUAAAUGAGUAUUUUUAUUACUUUUACUUUCAUUCGGUAGGUAUUACAUUAUAUUAUUAUAAUUUAUAUUUUUUAUCUAUUAUAUCAUGUUUUAUAUAUUAUCGAUCUCGUUCUGUAUAAUGUAGCGAAAUUUUUUCACCUUAAACAUUAAGUCAAUGAUUUUACUUAUUAUUGUAAUAUCAUAGUCAUGUUUCAAAUAUUACUAUAAUAAUAUUCACCUCGUCUUAUUUUAAAUACUUCUUUUUAACAUCACGUUUUAUAUUAUAAUAUUCUACUACCUAUUGAAUGUAACUUUUUUUUUUCAAUUUUUAAUCUGUGAUUUUUUUUCUAGUUGUUUUUAAUAUAAUAUACAUAUUUAUUAUUAUUAUUAUUAUUAUUUUUUAAGUUUAAUUAUUGCAUACCUAUAAUAUUAAGUUGGAAACCUUUUGAUAUACCACUACUCGUGCACAGUAUUAAUGUAUCAACCAGCAAUACACCCAGGUAUAUAAGUCUAUUCUCACUACUUUAACAUCUUUAAAAUAUAUAUAUGUUAAUAAUAAUAGUAAUAAUAAUAAAGUUAACAUUUUAAGUCAUUCUAUAAAGGGUUAUGUAUUAGUUAAAAUAUUUUAUUUUUAAUAUUAGUUAUACAAAAUUUUGUUUAUUUAAAGAAAAUUAUACAUCAAAUAUAUUACAUAUAUUUAUUUAUUUAUAUGAUAGAAUGCUGAGUUGUUAUUUUCUUAUUCAUGUUGAAAAAACAAAGAGCAAAUUACUACAGAAUACAUUAAUGACUACUGGAAUUCAGUGGUAUAAUGUACAGAUUCAAUUAAAUAAAAUUGUAAAAGUUGUAGGCACCCAUGCUAACCAACAUAAUAAUUAAUAAUAUUGUCAAACAGUGAACAUAUAUUGUUUGUAUUAUGUCCAAUUACAUGUGCUAUGUUUCCACAACAGAUAUAUAAUAUUAUUAUUAAAAUACCUCAUAUCCUUAAAAUAACUUUUAAUUAACAGAAAUAAAAUAAAACCAUAUACAAGGUGAUUUUUUUUUUAUCAUGAACCAGCAAUUAUCUAGGAGGAUCUUAAGUGAAUUUGAUUUCUGUGUUUCUUUUUUUCUUAUUCAUUGUGGGAUCUGUUAAGCUUUAAUUUUUACUUUCUAAAGUAUUAUUAAUUUUUAACCUUACUCUAUAUACUUUAAAUAAGUAUAUACUAUUGUUUUUCAAAUACGAACCCCCCUGUUUUUACUCAGAUUGAAAUAAAGAAUAUUUUUUUAAACAUUUUUAUGUGCAUAACACUAAGAUCAGAUUUACUAUUUAUGAGUUAUAGUUUUAAAGUUUAGAGUGGAGAAGAAAGGAAGAGUAAUAAAUUGCAUAUAUAUUUUAGAUUCUGAGUUAAGUGAAGUAGCUUAUAGUUUUACAAUGUUUUUUUUUUUAUCUAUAAACAACUUUUCUACCAGCAAUUUUGCUCUGAUUUACAAUGAUAACACUUUUUCUGAAAGUCUAUUUGAUUGGAUGGAGAGGUACUUUAAGAAAGUCAUUUUUUGAUUUUUCCAUUAAUGGGAAAAACCGGGAAAAUCAGUACAACAUUAAACAAUUAAUAUUCUUAAAAAAUAUUUAAUGCCUAUUUAUAUAUUGUUGACAAAGUAACACUAUCAAUUGAGCUCUGUAUAUUUCUCUUUUUAAAUGAUAAAUUGAUAGCUCUACUCAUCUUUAUAUAUAACUUAGCCAAAUGGUAACCUUAUUAAUAAGGCCUAUAAUAGUAACUUCUAUAAUUGUAUCAUACACAUUAGUAUUUUAUUUUUAAAAUUUCUAGGUAUUCCAAUAUCAUUAUUAUUAUUAUUGCAUAAUUUAUUAUUUAUAAUGUAUAUUUUUGUGCUUAUAUACAUGUUUUAAUAGCUUAUUAUUAUAACCAUUUUUAUAACUAUAAGUUAUGAGCCCUGCUCAUUAACUAAUUAGAAAUUGAACAAUUAUAAAAUAUGUUAACCUACUAUGCAUCUAAAUUCUAAAUUUAAAUAUGACCCUUCAUUGUACCUUUAUUGACAAUUAUUUAUAAGCAAAGAAAUAUUCUUCUUGCACAACAUCCAUCACUGUAGGAUAAAUUAAGUAAACUUGUAAUAUUUGUUUUAUAAUAUAGGAUAACUCAAAAUAAUUUAGAUGACUAAGAAAAUUAUUUUAGCCCAUUGUGUUUUUUAAAACCUAUAUGUAUAUUUUUUUUUUUAUUGAUUACAUGGUAGCUAUGGUUUCUACUGAAUAUUGUUUGUUAAUUUAGCUACAAAAAAAAAAAAAAUAAUAAUAAAAUCUAGCAAUAGCAAAGCAUUGCCGGGACAGCUAUAUUAUAUAAAAAUGAAUGUUUGUCUGUAUGUCUCUUAUACCUUCCUAAUCUAAUUCAUCCCAUUGUAAUGAGGCUUUUUGAUCAGAAUUUUCCCGAGAAGGUUAUAAGCUUUAAAAAAAUUUUAAUAUUCAAUCCCUUCAUCCUUAAAAAUCAUCCUUUGUAGUGAAAAAUUCUAUUAUUAUUAUAAGAUUUUACAUUUUGUUUAUUUAUUUACCUCAGAUCUAGCAACAAAGCCAUGCAAAAUAACAUAUUAUGACACAUAGACAUUUUUUCUGUCUAAUAUACUAAGCAAAACAGGAAUAAAGGUAAAAAGAAUUCAAAAAUUGGAACAGUCACAAGGACAGCUAGCACUUUUAGCACAAUUAUCCUUUUCCUAUAACUAUAAUAUUAAAAACUGAUAAAUUAAAGUUGCAGAUAACGCAAAAAUAUUGCACAAGGGCGAAGCUGGGUUAUUCAGCUAGUAUUUAAUACAUUUUUUAGUAAUUUGAUAAUAAUUGGUAAUAACUUAUUAUCUCCUAAUCCAUGCAAUCUAAUAGCUAUUGAAGCUAUUGAUGUUUUGAAUGAUAUCCAAUAGUUUCAAAAGGACCCUGUGAAACAAUUUUUAAAUUUGUAGGUUGGAUAAUGAUUAUAAUAAUAACACAAAAAUACCAAUAAAUUUAGAGUUAGCACAUAAAUAGUAGUAACAAUAAUAAUAUUAUACUAAUAUGUAAGUUUUAAUAUAGCUAAUAUAUAUCUUGGCAGUAUUAUAGUUUGAUGAUAUAGACUAUAGAGUAUAGAGGUGUAGAGAUAUUGAGAGAAAAAAUAGAUAUUAUUUUUCAAAUAAAUUCUAGAUUGCAAACACAAUAUUUUAGGGAAACUCAAUUUUUAUCAUAAUUUAAAUCUGUUGUUAAGAUAUUCAACUGAUAAACGGAAUUUCAUGUAUGGUCUAAAAAUGUUUAUUAUUAUUAUUUUUUUUUUUUUUUGACAUUUCAGUUAACUAGCGACAUGUAUUAGAAAUAAUGAUGAUAAUAAUAAUAAUAAUGAUAAAAAUGUAUAAAUAUAUAUAUAUAUAUAUAUAUAUCAUGCUAUCUUGUAGAUUUCAAAAAAAAAAUGUAUAUAUAUAUAUAUAUAUAUAAUCCUAUUGAACAUAAAAUAAUACCUAAUCGAAAACAAAAAUGUUACAGAACUUACAAUGUCAUUUAUAUGAAUAUCAUGCAUUAUAAUAUAAUUAUAUAAUUUGUAUUAUUUUAAUAAGGUGGUCCAAGAUGGGCAGCUUCACUGGUGAUCACUUAGCCAUUGUGCGUUAUGUUUGCAGUCUUUGUGGUCUAUACAUUGUUUGCUGGUGCUCCUUCUGUUGUAUGAUCUUCUUCAUCUGAACAAUCUUCGUCAUGUGUGUGUGUCACGGUGGAUGGUAUUUGAGUAGAAAAUGUGUUUGUAUUC